AUCCCAGACAUAUUAACGACAAGCCGAAAAACAACUGUCGUAUUUAGCCGAAGAUGGCUAUGGUCCGCCAGCACAGCGGACAGAGAUUUCGCAGUGGAAGAUUCAGAGGGAGACAUGGCAGUGGAGAAGAAAAUGUCCAACUAGAUUUUGCCAAAGAGCCUGUAGAAAAUGUGAAAGAAAUUUUGACAUAUGUGAUAAAAGAACAUUCUUUUUCCAAAGCUAAGAAGCUUGGUUAUCUGAAUGUUUUUGUAAAACUUAUCAAUAAAUGUGGAGGAACAGCAAACCUGGGAUUCCCUCUGCGGAGCAUCUUAAUAUGUUUAAGUGUAAAUCUGCUACAUGCACCUAAGGAAGUUCGAAAUUCAUGCCCAAAAAGUUGGCUAGAAAAAUUUUCAUCUGAUCUUCCUUCCAAGAUGCCAAGGUCAUUGGUUCAACCUCUUGUUGCUAUUGGUAACGAUGGAGUCAAUGAAAGGGACAGAAUGGUUAGAGCAUCACUAGCUUGUAUUUGUGAAUUAACAUACCACAACCCAGACCUAGUUGCUCUUGGUGGUAUAAGCAUGUUGUUACGUAAGAUUUUAGAUUGUCAUCAGUAUCCACGUAUCAAUGAGUCUAUUGUAUCAACCAUACUACAUCUUGUUAAUUUCCCAUCUACCAGGCAUUUUGUGAGAUUUAAUACAGACUUAGAGCAAUUGAUAGCUCCGUUUACAGAUUGUCAUUUUAGUUAUUCAGGGGAAUCACUUGAACAGACAAGUGAGGAUAGAGAUGCCAGAUUUACAGCAAGCAAGAUGGCUGUCAUUACUGUCAUGAGAUCAUGGCCAGGAAUCAUACGUUUCUGUCGGCCAGAUGGUACAGGGUUACAGUCACUUGUUGGAAUCCUCUAUCUUCCAUUUACAGAUAUUCGACAAGGGAUAGUUGAGUUGAUAUAUGAGCUGUUCCAUAUCUCACUGCCUAAAUGGACAACUAACUUCAAUGAGGCCCUUAUUAGUAUUGAUCCGUCCACUAUGAUAGAAAAUUGGCAUCUCACUGAAGGUUUUGUUGCUAACGAGGGCAAAACUAUUUUUCCACAUACUUCUACUGUUAGGCCUAAUUUAGUAGAAAAUCAUCUAGCUUUGCUGUUGUCUGCAUGGAUAGGUGCUGGUAUAUUAGAUGCAUUAGUUGAAGUAAUCAUAACAUCAGAAGGUGAACUGUUUAUUCGAGCUGUGAUACUUUUAGCUGAACUUUUACAUUUGGCAAACCAGUUGUUACCACCAGAAUGUAGUCAUCACAGUCAUUACCUCCCCUCACUGAUGGCACUCGCCUCAUCAUUUGAUAUCUCAGACAGUCAAAGACACCGAGCUAGUUUAGCGGUGAAUUACUUAGAUAGAAUUCAUGUGUUAAAGAAGAGAGGACCUAUACCAUGUAGCUUGUAUCUAGACCAGCUUGUGAAACAGUCGGAGAGCUACAAAGAUAGACCCCAGUCUCUGAUCAUGCAGAAAGAUAAACUACUAGACAUGCAUAUUAGAAAGCGGGCAUCAUCAUCGGAGGAAGUUUGUAUGCAAACAUUGAGAGAUACUCAAGUAUUGACAACAAAAGACAACACCAACUGGGACUGGGAUCUUAUUGAAUAUGUUCUUAAGUGGCCAGAUGAUAAACUAAGAAAACUAGAGGAUCAGGCACAUGUCAGAUUUAUCAAGAGACUAGUGUUUUUCUUCAAACCUACAAACCACGUGUUUUCUCGGAUGCAAUCAGACCAUGAGUUUCACAGGAAAUUUGCUUUGGCAGGUUGCCAGCUGGCUGAUUUUCUUAUCAGAUGUGAACAGGAGGAAGGCACUAAAAUCUUAACUGAUUAUCUCACAGAUAUUGCAUUAUGUUUAUCUGAGGUUGCAUUACAGAGGAUAGCACCAGAGUCUGUAUUGAGUGUAAAUAAUGUUAUUAGUACACUGAGUCAUUAUUACUUCCUGUUUAUUGGGAGAUUUUCUUUGACAUCUAAAGGAGAUAGACAACUGGAGAAAGCUGGUAUAUACCAACAUUUUCUAGACAUAGUAUCAUCAGCACCUCAGGAAUGCUAUGUUAAGCUGAUAGCUUCAUGUUUAUAUUAUGGUAGAGAUGGUAACUGUAGAGCUGUCCUCUCUAAGGCUCUGUGUGCAGGAUCAGAGGCUGGAAGACUUUACAGUACUAAAAUGAUGAGAGUAUUUUUACGUGCCAAAGUGAAGGACUUUAACACAUGGGGUAUAGAGUUCCUGGUUGGUCAGUUAUAUGAUCAAAGUCGAAGUGUUGCCAUGACAGCCCUAACAAUACUGGAUGAGGCUUGUGAAGUAAAGGUAAUUUAA